AUUUAGAAAAGUUCUGGUGCUGGUGUUGCUGCUCUCCGUGAUGAACGCCGAGGCACUACCCCUGCUCGCGCGGACCACCAGAACCGGGACAGCUUCGAACCAGCUUCCGAAUGGUGGAAAUGAUGUCGAGUUAUAUCUCCGGACCUAGCGACGGACUCCUCUUCCUUUAGGUAUAUAGUAAAGUUAGCCUGCUAGCAUUAGCUUGUGGACGCUACCCUUAACUGCUAAACAACCUGAAUAUCACCUGAAACAAUGCCUUCAUCACAAAUCCUCCAGCCUGUGCUCAAAUUGAAAGUGGAUGAGCUGUUUCUCAACUGGUUGAGUGAUCCUGAGACUCAAUCACUGCUCAAGGGUUAUCUUGAUCUCAUCAAAAGUGGACAGCAUGCUGAGCUGAAUGGUGGAGACGCCACAGAAAAUGGACUGUGUUUCAAUGAUAAUAACAAUGUCACAUCGCAGAAGAAUCUGGCCGAGAAGAAGACGCCCUCCUUUAAUCCUGCUGCCCUUCAGCCAUCAGCCAGUACCCUUCCUUCAGGCAGCAACAGUAGUUCCAGAGUUGCCGGACUCACCAGUAGAAUACUGCGGCGCUCUGUCAGCAUCAAAAAGGUGAGGACGCCGGAGCCCGUCACCACAUCGCUGAGUGAAAGCAUUCCGAAGUUCUACUUCCCACAGGGCCGGCCCCAGGCCAACGUCAACAUCGACAGCCUCAUUUCCAAAAUUGAGAAAACGUUCUCCCAAUUCCCAAAUGAAAGGGCCACCAUUGAGGACAUGGGGCAGGUCGCCAAGGCCUGCGAGUGUCCCCUCUACUGGAAAGUGCCAUUGUUCUGCAUGGCUGGAGGCGACAGGGCAGGAUUCGUGUCCGUUCACAAGUUCGUGGCGAUGUGGAGAAAAAUUCUGCAGACCUGUCACGAUGACGUUUCAAAGUUUGUGCACCUCCUGGCCAAACCCGGCUUGCAUUACUUGGAACAAGACGACUUUAUUCCCUUCCUGCAGGAUGUGGUCAACUCUCACAGCAGCCUGGCCUUUCUGAAGGAGGCGCCGGACUUCCACUCCAGAUACAUCACCACGGUGAUCCAGAGGAUAUUUUACAGCGUGAACCGGUCCUGGACCGGGAAGAUGACCUGCAACGAACUCAGGAAAAGUAACUUUCUUCAGAACGUGGCCUUGUUGGAACAGGUGGAGAAUGUGAACCAACUGACGGAUUUCUUCUCCUACGAACAUUUCUACGUCAUCUACUGCAAGUUCUGGGAGCUGGACACCGACCACGACCUCUACAUUGACCAGAGGGACCUGGCUCAACAUAAUGACCAAGCCAUUUCCCAGAAGAUGAUCGAGCGAAUAUUCUCAGGCACAGUCACCAGGGACAGACGGGUCCACAAGGAGGGCCGGCUGAGCUACGCCGACUUCGUCUGGUUCCUCAUCUCUGAGGAGGACAAGAAGAGUGACACCAGCAUCGAGUACUGGUUCCGCUGCAUGGACCUGGACGGCGAUGGCGUGCUGAGCAUGUACGAGCUGGAGUUCUUCUACGAGGAGCAGUGCCAGAAGCUGGAGUCCAUGGCCAUUGAGCCGCUGCCCUUCGAGGACUGCCUGUGCCAAAUGCUCGACCUCGUGAAGCCGGAGGUCAAAGGGAAGAUCACGCUGAGGGACCUGAAGCGCUGCAAGCUGUCGCACGUCUUCUUCAACACCUUCUUCAACAUCGAGAAGUACCUGAACCAGGAGCAGCGGGACCCUUUCUCCGUCGUCGGGGAGAUGGAGCCGGACGGUCAGGAAGUGUCGGACUGGGAGAGAUACGCCGCGGUGGAGUACGACAUGCUGGUGUCUGAAGAGACGGCCAACGAGCAGUGCCACGACCUGUACGACGACCCGCUGAGCUCCCUGGGUCAGCACCUCAGCUCAGACCUGGGUCUGACCAAGAGACACUUCCUGGAUCUGCCGUCCACUCACUGCGGCCUGGAACUGGACCUGGACGAGUACGAGGACGACUACUAGCUACACGGAGACUCUCACGCAGGCCGAGCUGCCCUCAGCUGUGGUGGAGUCACUUGAUGCCAGGAGCUUCAGAUCACAGGAAAUACAGAGACGCCUUCUUUGCACUUUAAUGUUCUGGUACCUAGAUCCACCUGGACCGGAUCACUCUCACAAACCCACCACGCUCAAUAUUCGGCUCGUUUUACAUUCCAGGACCAGGAGAAGAUGUAAACUCAGUCGUUCAGUCAAGUGCAAGCUUCCACACACUCACACAACCCCACAGACCUGAGUGCGCAUGUUCUAAAUUAUUACAGGUGGAUAUAAAUAACUGUAAAUAUUUGCAGUGUGUGUUUUUAGAUGUUUUUCCUUUGUGCCAAGACAGAACAAAAGAGGAACCAAUUUUCAAUGUUUGUUUCUUUAAUGAAUAAAGUUGUGAUCUGGAACAGCAGGGACAUGUGAGUGACAGUUACAGGAGGACAAAGGUUCAUCUGACACGUCCUGUUGUAGCACCGUUCCACAGGGCCCUGAACGCCUUGCUGACACAGCAGUCUCAGAAAAAAACAGUGGAGAUUCAGCUUAAACUUUGCAACAAGAUGAAGGUAAAAGUCACAGGUCACAACUGCACCA